UAAUCUUACUUUAUUUUCUGUAAAAACAAUGAGUAAAAGAGAAGAAAAAUCUGAAAACCGAACGCCAACAAUCCAAAAGCCGCACACCAUCACCAGACAGGCAGGAAGGGAAGGGAAAGGAAAGGAAAGGAAAGAACCAAAAAAGGGUUAAAUUUAUUCGUUAAGUAGAGUUACUACAUAGUAUGUGUAAACAUUUCCUUGUUAGAAAGAAGGGAAAGCUACAAACUUGUGAAUUGUGAUCGAUUUGACCUUAAAGUUCUUCCCUUUUAUUUAUACAGUGGAGAAAUUAUUCUACUACUUUGAGGAUUUUAUUCUUAUAUAGUUAGUAUUUCUCUGACAUGGUGUAGAUGAUGAUGAUGAUGAUGAUGAUGAUGGGAUGUUGAUGUGGGGGCCAUAAAUCUGCCCUCCUGGAUCUCCAAACCCUAAUUACCACAUCUCUGGAUCUUCUCUUGGACAAUUACACUGUACCUCUCUUAAUAGCAAAACACAAGAAAGGUUUUAUAAGCAUUUCACUUGGAUACAUAGUACCAGAAGGAGAAACAUGCAUGCUAGGCAUAGAAGUCCUGGAAAUGGAUACAGGUCUGGUUCCAUGGGGGUGGGAAUGGGUGCAUCCAGAAUAUCCCCAGAUAAUUCUGCUAGAGGUCAUGGUUUUUACAAUUCCGAAUAUAGAAGCUUCAAUAACCGUGGCUUUGCCCAUGGCCAGGGCCACCCCAAGUCUUUUCGUCAGCCACCACCACAGAAAGGCGAUAUUUUAAUGGAAGCUGGUAGGCUUGCAGCUGAGUAUUUAGUUUCCAAGGGAUUGUUACCUCAGAGUGCACUUUCUGGUAAAUGGCAGAAUGGUAGUUUCAAAAGGCAAGCUGGGGAUUAUCAGGACUUUAGGCAACAAGAAGACCUUAUGCAGGAGGGCCGAACAUCUGCCCAUUCUCGGCUAGGUAGUGGUGCUUCUGAUGCUGGGUUGGGCAGGAGAAGAUACCCUGAUGACUUCAAUCUGAGGAAUCAUGUGAAGGGAAGGAGGCGAGGAGAGCAUUACCGGGGUUACAGCUCAGAGUGGGGUAGAGAAUAUGGGAGGAGUGGGUCAUUGUCAGAUAGGAAUAGAAUGUCUCCUGAUACAGAGGAGAAUGAUACAGUUUCUGGACACUGCGAAGAGCAGCAAGUUAGCAAUGAUGUUGGAGAUGGAAUGGAGAAAUCUGGUCAGAGUGGGGUGGCACCAGAAAGUGAAGAAACUGCUGAUAUAGAAUCAGGACUGAGCAAGUACAACUAUCCAAAUGAAACUGGCUCCAAGGCAAGUUCUUCUAGUGUUCUGAAAGAAGAGACUGAUGGUGAACCCUCCAAGGGCUCUGGUGACCCAGCAAACGUAAAUCUGGGGAACAAGGAUAUGAAGGAUGGCAAUUAUGAUUAUGAAAUUGAGAAACAGAUUGUUCCAGAGGAUUUACCUAUCCAGCAGAGUGAUCUCUCGGGCAAGGAUGAAUCUGAUUUACUAACAUUGAGCAAGUUUGCCAAUGUGCCAACGAAAAUGCGCUCUGCAUUGUCAUGUAGGUCCUCCAGGGUUGAUCAAGUUCCCAAUAAUGAAGAGGAAGACACAUCUGAUAAUGGGCUUAACAAAGGAUCUGAAGAUGUAGUUCAAGAUGGCGUGGACAAUGUCUCCGCAACUGAUGUGAAUGCAACACAUGAUUCAAAUUGUCCCAACUCCGAAAUAAUUAAAGUAGCUGUUGUCCAGCCUGCCGAGGAUGCUGAUGAAGAAGGCCUUGAAUAUGGUGCUGUGGAGGGAAAAUGUGUGAGGUCUCAUUCUUUUUCAGAUGGAGCUUUUAUGCAUGACAAUGAACAAGAAUCUAGUCUAGGACUUUCAGGUUUUGGAAGGUCCACCUCAGUCAAAGAGCGAGGUGAGAAACGGGCUGCUGAAAGCAGUGGUAUUGGCGAGGCAGCCAAAAAACCAAGAGAAUGGCUUUCAUCCUUGGUUAACACCGCUGAUGAGCAUUUGCACCGCACUGAUUUAAGUGAAAAUACUGGGGGUUCACAAGAAGAGAGGGCUUCACCCGAUCAGCAGGUGACUAUGGCUGUGGCAGCUACCCAAGACAGUGACAUUAGUAAUUGUCAAUUUCCAAGGAUUGCUGGUGAACCAGGCUUCAAGUAUGCUGAAGAGAAACAGCUAUUUCCUAGUUCAUUUAAAAUCGUUGAUCUUAAUCUCAUGGAAACAUCUGAUAUAAAUGAAACUCAUUGUAGCGAUCCAGUUCUCACAUACCCAUCUAUUAUGACAACCAAAAGAGAAGCACCACAGGUUGACAUUGAUUUGUCAAUAAGUAAUUCCAAUGUGUCCGAUGAAUAUGCUAGACAUAUGAGUUAUGGCAAGCAGGUUGAAAUAAUUGAUCUAGAGAAUGAUUGCACCCUGGAAGACAAGGACUUUGAUAAUUCACAAAGAAAGAUGGAGACUGCAUUUACUGGGACAGAAGGUUUUCCUAGCCUUCCACAGAAUACUGGUGAUAUCACUGAUGUUCAGGUCAAUUAUGAUGGCCUUAUGCUCGCAGAGUUUCUCAACAAUCUCUCAAAUUGUACCUCAGAACCAGAUAACAUAACUCCGCUGCAAAGCGAAAUGGACCUUGACAAUGGAGAGGGGACUCUUGGUGAUGAUGACUCGAUUUAUAUGUCCCUGGGAGAAAUACCAUUAAGCUUCAUACCUGCCUGGGAACCACCAACCCCUCAGGAGUAUGAGAAGCCCUUUUGAUCCUGCAUUUCUUUGAAUCAGAAUGGACUACUGCUUGGUAUGCUUACUAUUGGUCAUUGGGGAAUUACUAGCUCAUACCUGCCACUGCCUUUUAUUUUGUUUCCCCACUAUUUUGCUUAGGAAGGAAGAAGCAAUGUCUUUCCUGGUAGGACUUUUAGGGACGGUGAAUGCUUUUCUUUUUAUUUGGAUGCUGCUUUUCUUCAUUAUAUGGUUAAAAGAGGUUUGUCAUAUUUGCUUAAAGGUGAUCAAGAAAUCAAUUUGCCCUUUGUCUUCA